GGCCCCCAUCGCACCCAGGAGGAGCUCCGCCCUGGCCCGUGCCCCCGCGGCCCCCGGGGCUUCCCUGGCCGGUCCCCCAGCGUCCCCGGCGGCCGCCUGAGCUGGGAAGCGGGCUGCUCUUCAGCUCCCCAGCGAGAAUCCAGGCCUUUGUUUGGAUCCAGCUGUUCAGUUCCCGCUGCCCGCCACAUGUUUACUCAAGGGCUGAAUAAUUGAAAUUGUCUAGAACGCACCUCGGGUUGCCCCUGACGACACGCUCGGGAGACCGGGUUCCGGCUGCUGUGGGAGGCUCCCCUGCCCCCACAUCCUCCCAGGGCCCCUCCCCAGGUAGCUCCUUGUCCCUCCCCUGAUACCUGGUAGGUAGGGCCGACUGGCCCUCUCCCGGGGCAGCCUUCCUCGUGCCUGACCUGGGGAAGGGGUGGGGGCGGGGGCCCGCCCGCCCGCCAGUAACUCCGACUCGCACAGGUGCUUUUCCAGAGAAUUCGAUUUUCCUUCCCAGAAGACGGCGGCCCGGGAGGAGCGGGGCGCAGGCUGAGAGUUGAUUUAGGCUUGUUUUUUUCCUGGUUCUCCGGGCUCCGAGGGAACGUGCAGCCGGAGCUGGGACUCCAAGGCUCUGGUUCAAAAGUGGAAGUAGUACCCGGGUCGGUCCUGAAUUCUAGGAAGGCCAGUUGGAGAGUGUCCAAAAGAAGGUGACUGGCAGGGAGUGGAGAGCCGGGAAGACCCAAGUUCAACUGUGGCCUCAAACACUAGCUGUGUGACCCCAGAUGUGACGAGCAGCUCCUGAGCCCUCAAGCCAUGGCCGACACCAUCUUUGGCAGUGGGAAGGACCAGUGGGUGUGUCCCAACGAUCGACAGCUUGCCCUCCGAGCCAAACUGCAGAGUGGAUGGUCAGUGCAUACGUACCAGACAGACAAGCAAAGAAAGAGUCAGAGCCUCAAUGCUGAUGAAGUGGAGGCCAUACUGGAGGUCAUCCAGAGGGCCGAGAAAUUGGACAUCAUGGAGCAACAAAGAAUUGGGCUGGUGGAGCGGCUGGAGAACAUGCGGAAGAAUGUGAUGGGGAAUGGGCUCUCCCAGUGCUUUCUGUGUGGAGAGCCCCUGGGCCUCCUGGGCAGCUCAUCGGUCUUCUGUCAGGACUGCAAAAAGAAAGUCUGCACCAAAUGUGGGAUUGAGACCUCCGGCAGCCAGAAGCGGACUCUUUGGCUGUGUAAGAUAUGCAGUGAGCAGAGAGAGGUCUGGAAGAGGUCCGGGGCAUGGUUCUACAAAGCUCUGCCAAAAUACAUCCUGCCCCUGAAGAUGGCAGGACCAGCCAGCGAGCCCCACUUCCGGCCGCCCCCUCUGGAGCCUGCCGCCAGCGACCCACGGAGCAUCGGCACCAGUCGUUCCUACACCUGGGCUCGAGGGAAAGUGGUGUCUAGUGACAGCGACAGUGACUCCACCUUGAGCUCUUCCAGCCUUGAAGAGAAGUUCCUGUCCAGUGGGACCAAGAGCCCAAAAGGCAGCAAAUCCAGGACAGAAUUAGGUGGCAGCAGUGAACUUCCCAGAGCAGCCCAAGGCCAGGCCCUGCCUCCUAGCCACCCCUCAGGGAGCUGGACCAGCCUGGGCAGCAGCGAGGCUGGUGGAGUCCAGAGUGGCCCAGAGAGUGGCCCAGGAGAGCUGCAGGGCAGUGGCUCUGACAGUGACAGUCACAAGGCUCCCAGCAAGAGACACACCUGGAUGAGUCCACGUUGUUGACAGAAGCAAAGGAAGCCACUGGCUUCUGCCAUGGGCACAAGCUGGACUUUUCUUUGGAACACACAGACACACACAACCCCCUCAGUGUGCCAGGCACAGGGCUGCGUCCUGGUUUUCCAAGCUGCCUCCUAACAGGAACAGAAUCGGCCUUUCCUACAACCCUCACGGACCCUGGCAGUCAUCUGUAAGAGGGCACCUGGGGCAGUCCUGUGCCCACUUCACACAGCUGCUGCCCACUCCCUCCCCAGGAAACCGAGUGGCUUCUAAGGAUGGACGGCUCCAAGAGGAAAGUGUGACCAGAGGCCCUCGGCUCCCUCCUCUCCCCCUGUUGGACGAUGGGGACUGGACCAUCCUCCGGUUGAGGGGUCCCCGUGCAGAUGUUGGCAUCUGGUCUUCUGGGGGAGGGGCUUCAUGGGAAUGGACUGAAGCUAGGUUGUAGCUAAACUGUCGUCUUCACUGGCCUCCUGUCUGCACCCCGCUUGGGAAGGCAGCUUAGUCUGAAGGUUCAGCCUUUUUCUUUAUCUUCUUUUUAUUCAAUUCUUCCCUGAGUGAGCCCUCAAGCUCUCAAGCCCACCCUGAUUGGGGGGGGGGACCCGUCUCUUUAAGGUAAGGAAAACGAAUCUGAAUGCUAGUGAUGAAGUCAAUGAACUUGGUCCCCAGAAUGAGGAGAGGGACCACGUGAGAUGGAGAGUCACCAGCUUUCCCCUUCAGAGACGCCCUAAGAGGGGCUAAAGACCCUCCCCCUCCCCGCCCCGCACCCCAUUUUGGAGCUGCCUGUGAAACUCCCUCCCAGCCAGGUUGAUUAAAAUUCCUCGGCUCCCCUUCCCUGCCUCCCUUCCUGAUUAGUCUCACUUCAGCCAGAGUCAAAGACAACCACUGGGUGUCUGGCAGCGCUCAGGAAUGAAUAGCAGAAAUUUUGCCUCCUCAAUAGCCAGCCUUGGGCUUAUUCUCUUGCCAAGACACGUGGGUCCCAGAAGCCACGAGUUCAUUUCUCUUCACAAGACUCAGCUUGGCGUGGAAAAUGCCAGAUUCACAGAGGUUGGCAAACUCUUGGAAAAAUCCACUGUGAUGUGCUGCCUUGGGGGGGCUCUUUAUUUGAAUGACUUCUGUCCCCUCGGAGUCCUGGGUUCAAGGCCUGCCACCCCACCUCCAGGCUGACAGGUCUGAGCCUUGGGGGUCCCGAGCUUUCAUCCUCUUGUUGGAACAGUGGGUGUGGGAGCCUGCGGCUUCCCUGUGAUGAGGUCUUCAGGAAGUAAACAAUAAAAAACAAACUAGAAUUGGCAUCC